AUGCAGGCUUCAUAUCAUUCAAGCGCUGCUCCGACCGGUGACUGCGUUGUGUACAUGAGAGACACCGGAAUCUGCAAACAAAGCAUUCGUGGACGCGCUCCAGCAACUGUCAAUACCGGCGCGGGAUUUCACCACACCAAAGUCACAUCCCUAAAGUGGUCCGAAGAUGGUACACACAUCGCGAUCGUGUCAGAACGUGGAGUCAAGAUCGUAGAGCUCGAGCCAUUACUGGACAUUGCGCGCCUCGAUAACGGAAGUGGAGGUCUCGGCAAGAUUGCUUUCGCCGAAUUCGUGGGCAAUGACCAUCUGCUUGCGAUAUGGGAGUUUGGCAAGACGAAAUUGUGGCACAUCCACAGUGGCAAGGCGGUCGACCUACCUGAUGUCAAGACGACGUGCGAUGGAAGAGCCUGGCAGACUCGACCAGGCUCUGCUAAAGGCGGGCCGAGACUGUUUGCAAUGCUCUCACGAAUGGCGGCGGACGACCAUCUCGCGAUCAACUUCUCGACCUCGAGCCAAGCGCUUCCACUCGUCAAAUUACCGACACAUGAUGCGCAUUCAAUAUCGUGGUCGCCUGAUGGCAGAUGGCUAGCUGUACUGGACGUCCCGACGGCGAGCCAAGGUCUUCACAUCUACACGCCCGACGGCCACCUGUUCCGAUCAUGUCCAUCACAAAACGACAACGAGCAUGGUUUGGGCAUCAAAGAUGUUACAUGGUCAUCAGAUGGACGGCUUCUGGCAUUGGCGAAAUUCGAUGGACGAGUAGAGCUCCUGAAUACGACGACCUUCACACCACUAGCAGUCAUCGAGCACAGCACGACCAUCGAUCAGAGAUUACUAGCUUCCGAGCAGCAGGCACGAAUAUGGCAACAGACUGUAUCCGCCGCAAAUGUGCGCUCAUACGCCGAACCCUCACAACCAGUCUCACCACCACUCUCCCGACUGAAACAAACCUCCGAGCCCAGUGAGCUCGGCAUCGCAGAGCUUUCAUUCAGCUGCGACGGUAGAUACCUGGCAAGUCGAGACUGUCGCAUGCUAAACACCGUCUGGAUCUGGGAGGCAUCAAGUCUAGCAGCGCACAGUGUGUUGAUCCAGCACAGCAACAUCCGGAAACUCCACUGGCACCCGUCAUCACGCGAUACGCUUAUGGUCGAUUGUGCCGAAGGGAUAGCAUAUGUCUUCGAUGCAAGCUCAUCGCAUGCGCCACAGAUGUUCCAGACAGAAGCGCGGCCGAGAGCGACACUUUCGUGGGUGAAGACUGCGACCGGUGCAAAACCGAUCAUCAUGGCGACAGAGAAGACGGCGUUUCAUUUCAUUUAUCCAGAAGGCCGCGACGCCGGGUACGAGCAGUCGAGGAAUGGAUCUUCAAUGCAGGGCGCGGCGUUUGAUGAAGGCGAGAGUGAGGACUCGUUAUUCGAUGUGCUGUCAGGGCGCAAGCCACUGCCGCCCAAGACGAACCCUUCGUACACGGAGAUGGUAGACUUGGAUAUGGAGGCGGAGGAUACCAUCGAUGGUGGACUGGAAGACACCUUCAGGGAGAAGCGGAGGGCAAUUGAGACACAGCAGGAAGUAGAUCCCUUGGACGACAGUGAGUUCUUUUAG